UGCGCCAUGCGGGCCGGGCACGGGGGGCCGGGCAGGAGACGGCGCCGGGGGCGGUGCGCCCUGCUGCCCGCCGCGGGCCCCGGGGCGCCGGGGCGCUGAGCAACAGUUGGCCCCGCCGCCGCCCAGCAUGAAAGUGUGCCGGCGGAAGGCGCUGGCGCUGUGCCUGGGCUACGCGCUCCUGCUGCUCCUCGCUGCCCUCAACCUGCUGGAGUACAAGUGGCGGCGGGAGCCGCGGCGCUGCGGGGAGACCCCGGCCGCCCCUCGCCACCGUCUCCCGCCGCCACCUCCGCCGCCGCCGGCCGGGAGCGGCGGCCCGGCGGGCCCCCGGCGGCAGCUGGUCUAUGUCUUCACUACCUGGCGCUCGGGAUCGUCCUUCUUCGGGGAGCUCUUCAACCAGAACCCCGAGGUUUUCUUCCUCUACGAGCCGGUGUGGCACGUCUGGCAGAAGCUGUACCCUGGGGACGCCGUCUCGCUGCAAGGGGCAGCCCGCGACAUGCUGAGCUCCCUGUACCGCUGCGACUUCUCCGUCUUCCAGCUGUACAGCACGGCGGGCGCCGGCAAGAACCUCACCACACUGGGCAUCUUCGGGGCGGCCACCAACAAGGUCAUCUGCUCUUCGCCCCUCUGCCCGGCCUACCGUAAGGAGGUGGUGGGCAUGGUGGAUGACCGGGUGUGCAAGAAGUGUCCCCCGCAGCGCCUCAGCCGCUUCCAGGAGGAAUGCCACAAGUAUCGCACGCUGGUCAUCAAAGGUGUCCGUGUCUUUGACUUGGCUGUCCUCGCCCCGCUCAUGCGGGACCCGACUCUGGACCUCAAAGUCAUCCACCUGGUGCGGGACCCCAGGGCUGUCGCCAGCUCUCGUAUUAAGUCCCGGCACGGCCUCAUCCGGGAGAGCCUGCAGGUGGUGAGGAGCCGGGACCCCCACAUCCACCGCAUGCCCUUCCUUGAUGCUGGCCACAAGCUGGGCGGGAAGAAGGAGGGCGGUGGUGGCUCAGACUACCAUGCCCUGGGUGCCAUGGAGGUCAUCUGCAGUAGCAUGGCCAAGACCCUGCAGACUGCUCUGCACCCCCCUGACUGGCUCCAGGGGAACUAUAUGGUUGUGCGCUAUGAGGACCUGGUGGUGGAGCCCAUCAAGACCCUGCGGCAGGUGUACAGCUUUGUCAACCUGGCCGUCAGCCCAGAGAUGGAAAAGUUUGCCCUCAACAUGACCAGUGGCCCCGGCUACUCCUCCAAGCCCUUCGUGGUGUCGGCCAGGAACGCCACCCAGGCGCUGAGCGCCUGGAGAACUGCACUCAGCUACCAGCAGAUCAAGCAGGUUGAGGAGUACUGCCACCAGCCCAUGGUCCUGCUGGGCUAUGAGAGGGUUGGCAGCCCUGAAGAGGUGAAGGACCUCAGCAGAACAUUGCUCAGGAAGCCGCGGUUGUGACGGGGCAGCGGGUGCCUGCCAACUGCCCUGGCUGGUGGCUGAGCCCUGCUGGGGAGAGGAGCGGCUCCAGCUGGCUUGAGUGAGGGAGGGAGCCGGGAAAAGCAGCCUGGCUUCUGAUUUCCUCCAAAGACUGCUGAAGGGUAACAUACAGUAAUGUGAUGAUUUCUUUCUUUCUUUUUUUACCCCUUCCCUUCCAUUGAGUUAGAUGCUAUUAAAGUAAAUAAAUAAAGUGGAUCAGAAAAUACGUGUAAAGCUCCUUUCCCCUUCUCUAAAAUGUCAGGCAAUGAUUCUGUACCAAAAUCUUGUUAAUGGAGUUCUUGUAGGCUGAAGAUGGUUAACGGAAACUCUUGCACAAUUCCUAACACAUCUUUAUCUCCCUUAGUGUGAAAGGGUUGCCCUUGGAAAGCAUAAUGCUGAAAAUCAGACUUUUUGUAUGAAAGAAAAUAUGACAUGAUAGUAAUCAAGAAACCAAUAAAUGAUAUUCAUUUUUAUAAUUA